UACCGAAUAUAUUUCGAGUCAUCUAGAGGUCUUCAGAUAUUAAAACAUCAACAACGAUAAGUAGAUAUUCCCGUUAAUUAGCGACGUAUUUAUGAGAGUAAUUGAGCGAUAUUUUCAGUGAAUUUCUCUCCAUUAGAUCUACGAACAAUGUUCAGCCCCUCCUCGCUGAUCUUCCUCUUCUUUCUGUCCUUGACGGUGCUUGGUCUCGAGGACACCAGGGAAAACCCAGUUGACGUUCUCCAAGUUACACACCCGAUUAUCAGAACUUACAAGGGACCAUGGGGGAUAGACACCCUAAAACUUUUUCAUAACAUAGAAUAUCUCCAACUCAGAAGGAACAACUUCACUAUAUUCCAAUGGAACUUUCUCAACACCAUUCCUAACCUCAAAAGUUUGGAACUCUUUAACAAUUUCAUGGAAAGGGUCGACUUUAACAUUACCCAAUGUUGCAAUAAGCUCGAGAUUCUCGAGCUGACCGAAAGUGGAUUACCGGAAAUCCCGGACGAGUUCCUGAAGAAGAUAGGUGGCAUAGAAUCCCUUAAAUACCUCACUUUCCGAGACGAGAAGAUGAGGAUCCUUCGUAAAGACACCCUUGCGAAUCCUAACCUAGGAUACCUCACCAUUCUGGCGUGCCACUUGGACACCAUCGAUGAUGGCGCCUUCAGCAAGCUUCAAAAGCUCAGAAUUCUCGAUUUGAGCUACAACAGCAUAAGGGCGAUCAAUAAAGACACCUUCGCCUCCCUGCAGAACGUUAAAAUGAUCAACUUGAAGGGAAACUUCUUGGAGACACUGACCACAGAUAUGAUUUCUGCUCUUCCGAAUCUGGAAACGCUCGUUUUGAGCCAUAAUCUGAUCAUGAAGUUCGAUCUUGAGGGCAUAAAAACUGUUGCACCGAAGUUGAGGACGAUAGACGUUCGUGGUAUGGUUUUAUUUGAACCCAAGACUGGUGGUGUAGAGUUGCUCAAAGAUCCUUUCGCUAAAUUUUGAUGUCAGAGAUAAUCAAUAAACCAUUGUUCAGUUGAGCUGUA